AUGUCGUCGGACGCAGAGACCGAGAAGUUGGAGGAGGAGCCUUCGGGAGCGGUGGUGCUGUCGCAGCUGGCGCGGGAGCAUGCGGGGGAGGGCGCAGACGGAGGACAAGAGGAGCCGCACCCUGUUGCGAGCACUGAGGAAAGUCCAGGGGAGGUCCCGGUAGAGGUCCCGAUAGAGGGCUCGACACAGCAACAACCGCAGUCGCAGUCGCCAACUCAGGAACCAAGUAGCUCUUUCCAACAAGACGCGCUUCUAGGUACGGAAACCGCGCCACCGUCCGCGGUACCGCAACCCUCGGACACCGCCACACAGGAGGCAGUACUGCAAGCAUCCGCCUCUGCCCCAUCCCCCAUCUUAAAACGUUCUCUAGACGACGAGCACCCAGAUUCACACUUCAAGAAGCCCCGACUGCCGGCCACUGGUGUCGAGAAGGUGGAGGAAAAUGACGACGAUAACGACGCGGACGAAGACGAAGACGAAGCGGAGGACGAGAUGCUGGACAAAACCGAAUCUCAGGGUCCCGCGGCUGCGAAUAUAUCACGAAAACCGACUACGGCGGCCACCGCAAGCGCAGAGACCCACUCGUCGAUGGAGGCGGAAAGCACGAGGCUGGCCGCUCUGAAGGAAAUCACUGAGAUCGAGCGGCAAUUCGCAGAAUUGCGUCAAAAGCUCCACGAUAGCAAGAUGGCCAAGCUACAAACCGAAACGCAAAUGUGCUUGGAAGGUUCACACCCCGCGCUUCAGGACUACUACCAAAAAAUCGAUUCGGUACGCGACUUCAAAUUGCGUCGCGCCUACCAGAGACAGAAAUAUGAAUUGGAGUGUAUCGACAAAGAGACGAAAGCCACCCGUUGCUUCAUCCAUCAGAAUUUUCAGCGCAAAGUAUCGAAUUUGAAGCAUGACAUGCUGGUGAACACCACACAACGAUGGUACGACAUCAAUAAAGAGAGGCGAGAAAUGGAUAUUGUGGUGCCGGACGUAAACUACCAUGUCCCUGUCAAGAUUGACGGGAAAACAUUGAGCUGCAUCACGGGCUACGCAGCUCCCGCACAAUUGCGGCGCGAGGGCGACCCUCUGAGUGAGGAUUUGCAGUGCGAAGGUAUUCAGAUACGGUUCAAGAACAACCCGGUGGAUAAACUCGAGGUGAUUGUGGAUCGCAUGAGGUUCAACAACGAACUGAGUGAUCUGGAAGGGUUGAAAAGGUUUUUCGAUGGGUUCCCGGGCGCGCCGAGCCUAAGCGGGUUAAAGGAUUCAGAAAUAUACGAGGAUCUACAGGCAAUGCAAAGAAACUCGUAG